GUGGACUGUCCAUAGCCAUCCCCGGCGAGAUUCGCGGCUAUGAGAUGGCACACAAGAGACAUGGCAGGCUGCCAUGGAGAGAGCUGUUUGAGCCAAGCAUUGCCCUGGCCCGUGAAGGCUUUCCAAUUGGGAAAGCCUUGGCUCACGCCAUCUUAAAAAGCAAGGACUUCAUUCAAGGAAACGCUAACCUUUGUGAAGUGUUUUGUGAUUCACAAAAAAACAUUCUCAGGGAAAAUGACAUUGUAAGAUUCCCAAAGCUGGCAGACACAUACCAGAGAAUAGCAGAAGAGGGUCCUAACGUGUUCUAUAAUGGCUCAAUGGCACAGAGACUCGUGGAUGACAUCCAGGCAUCAGGUGGGAUUAUCACCUUGGAUGAUUUAUUGGAGUACCACCCAGUACUGAAUGAAAAUCCUCUGAAGACGAGUAUUGGGGAAUACACCAUGUAUGUCCCAGACGCCCCCUCCAGUGGCCCAGUGUUGGCACUCAUUCUCAACAUAGUGAACGGGUACAACUUCACAAAUGCAAGUGUUUCCACAGCUGAGAUGAAGACCCUAACGUAUCAUCGCAUCAUAGAGGCUUUCCGUUUUGCCUACGCCAAGAGGAGCAGACUCGGGGACCCGCGUUUUCUCAAUAUCACCGAUGUAAGCCUCCAAAUGAUCACAACCAGCCAAUUGCAGG